AUGGCUGAAUCGAUUAAAAAACGACGCCUCUCGGAAGAGGGAACCUCCCAAGAUAUCGAUACAAUUAUGGACACAACUACGACUACUCCUUCGGAGGCGCCGGCCGCAAAGAAGCCCAACAAAACUCUCUUCGUCCGAUCGCUCCCUACCUCAGCUACGACAGAAAGCCUGGCGGAGCGUUUUUCUCAGUCCUAUGUGAUUAAGCACGCUACUGUUGUUCUGAACCCAGAGACCAAGCAAUCCAAGGGCUUCGGUUUCGUCACAUUCGCCGACCUCGAGGAUGCCCAGAGCGCUUUGGAGGAACUCAAUGGAACAGAUUUUGAUGGAAAGCAGAUUCGAGUCGAAUACGCCCAGCCGCGUCACCGUGAAAUUGAUGAGAAACUUGGAAAGAGUGUUCCCGCGGCCGCCGCUCUCAAGUCAAAGCAAGAUCGAGAGGAUCAGAGAGCGCAAAACGCGCCUCCCAAGCUGAUCGUCCGCAACUUGCCCUGGAGCAUCAAGGAGCCAGAUGACUUGGCAAUGCUUUUCCGUAGCUUCGGAAAGGUUAAGCACGUCUCUCUACCCAAGAAGGGGAACACGCUUCAAGGAUUCGGUUUCGUUAUCAUCAGAGGCAAAAAAAAUGCCGAGAAGGCUCUUCAAUCUGUGAACGGGAAGGAGAUCGACGGCCGUCAAUUGGCUGUUGAUUGGGCUGUGGACAAGGAAGCAUGGGAAAGUGCUAAGAAAGAUGGCGAGGAAGAGGAAGAGAAGGAGGCAGAGGAUGUGGACAUGAAAGACAAAGAGGGGGCUGAGGAGGGCUCUAACGAGGGCACAUCCUCCGAUGCAGACUCCGAUGACGACCUAGAGGGCCUUGACGAUUUGGAUGAUGUUGAGGCUGGAGAAGGUGAAGAAGAAGAGGAGGAGGAAGAGGUUGAAGAUGAUCGCACAGCCUGUACGAUCUUCCUUCGCAACCUUCCUUUCACCUGCAACGACGAGUCACUUUACGAGCACUUUACCCAGUUUGGACCUCUUCGCUACGCCCGAAUUGUUGUCGACCACGAGACCGAACGUCCCCGAGGCACGGGAUUCGUUUGUUUCUGGAAGCUCGAUGAUGCGAAUACUUGUAUCCGCAACGCCCCCAAGACCACGGAGGUGCCCACUGCAGACAAGGAUCGCUCUCGACCCGCCCUGAAGCACUCCGUCCUCCAAGACGAGGACGCCGAUCCUAGUGGAAAGUACACCAUGGAGGGACGUGUCCUACAAGUUGCCCGGGCUGUGAACAAGCGCGAGGCUACGCGGCUGGAGGAGGAAGGUGUCUCGCGCCGGUUGGUUCGCGACAAAGAUAAGCGUCGCCUCUACCUUCUGUCUGAGGGUACCAUUGCCUCGAACACCCCGAUGUACAAGAAGCUGGCGCCCUCGGAAAUCAAGCUACGUGAAGCCAGUUUCAAACAGCGAGAGGCUUUGAUCAAGAAGAACCCGUCUCUGCACCUCAGUCUCACUCGACUCUCUAUUCGUAACAUUCCCCGCCACAUUACAUCGAAGGACUUGAAGCAACUUGCCCGACAAGCCGUUGUUGGCUUUGCCACUGAUGUCAGCAACAGCCUGCGCCAGCCUCUUUCGAAGGAAGAACAAGCUCGGUCAUCUGAAGAUAUGAAAGAUCUCGAACAUCUACGGAAGACGAAGAAGCAGGGUAUUGUGCGACAAGCCAUGGUCGUUUACGAGACCCGCGAGGGUACUAAAGUUCCCGAGAAGAGUGGAGCUGGUCGCAGUCGAGGCUACGGAUUUAUCGAGUACUUCACCCACCGACAUGCACUGAUGAGUCUUCGCUGGCUCAAUGGUCACGCAAUCGACAUUCCUGCCAACAAUGAAGAAGUCGAUAAGGACAAGAAGAAGCGCCUGAUUGUUGAGUUUGCUAUCGAGAACGCGCAAGUGAUCAAGCGCCGUAAUGAACUCCAAGCCAAGCGCCGGGAACAAGCGAAGGAGGGCCCGAAGGAUGAAGAGGCAGAUGGGGAGGACAAGGAUGACAAGAAUGCCAAUGACAAGAAGAGGAAGCGCGGUAACAAGGGCAAGGAUGAAGAGGGCGAGGAAGAUGCAGAGGAAGAAAACAAAAUCGCUAAACGCAAUCGCAUCAUCGCAAAGAAGCGCAUGCAGCGGAGAGGCCGCAAGGGUAAGGCGUGA